UACAUCAGCCUCCUUCGCUUCUGGGCAACUCUGGAUGGGACUCCAACAACUUUGCCACCUCACAACUCUAUCAAAGUAGCUAAUGCAAAUGACGAAGCGCAAUCAUUCAAAAUACCAGAAUUUUCCCUAAUUCCUGUCUCAAAAGGCUUCAGUGUUUGUCUCAAGCAUCUAUGUGAUAGAACGGUUGAGACGGCGGCAGCUGUCCUCGAUGACUGA